UUGGCAAGCAGCCCAGCGCCCUUCUCAACUGGAAACCCGUUUGGGCAUUUUAUUCCCGUAAUUUCGCCAUUACAUUUUCAGGCAGUCCGCCAUUUUCUACCAAGGAUUCUAGAACAAGAUAGUGUGGUCGGACACUGGAACAUCUCUUUUUGCCUGAAGUAUCAGCUUACGUGGAAGUAUCAAAAUGAUGAAAUAUAGGAACAACUACGAAAACCCCAACCGAAACGGAGCCAUGUAUCGCGGACCAAAUGACCAACAACAAUACCCUAAAAGAACAUGGAUCAACCAGAAUGGCUUUAAUGGAGUAGAAUUUGGCGGACCAACUUUCAAGAAAAAUUUCAACAACAAAGGACCCAUGAUGAAGGGCUCAUUUCCAGGACAGACAUUGAAAAAACCGAUCUGGGAUUUAUCUGCCCUUCCCCCCUUUCCUAAGAACUUCUAUCAACCAGCAUUGACUGUUGCCAACAGAUCUGAUCAAGAAGUAGAAAGUUACAGGCAGUGCAAAGAAAUCACUGUUAAAGGUAACAACAUUCCCAAGCCGAGUCAGUUUUUCUCGGAACAAAGUUUCCCUGAAUCUGUCAUGCGAGAAAUCAUGAAGCAGGGUUUUGCUGAGCCAACAGCUAUUCAAGCACAAGGUUGGCCCAUUGCGCUCAGCGGAAGGAAUCUUGUUGGAAUUGCUCAGACAGGUUCUGGCAAGACUUUGGCGUACAUGUUGCCUGCUGCUGUUCACAUCAGCCAUCAACCUAAGAUUUCUCGUGGGGAUGGACCCAUAGCACUUAUCUUGGCACCAACAAGAGAAUUAGCUCAGCAAAUUCAGUCUGUGGCCAGAGAGUUCGGAAACCUCCGGCACACUUGCUUGUUUGGUGGAACCCCCAAAGGGCCGCAGGCAAAGGAUUUAGAGAGAGGUGUUGAGAUUGUUAUCGCUACACCAGGAAGAUUAUUGGACUUCUUGGAGCACGGUACAUUCAACCUCAGCAGGUGCACCUACUUGGUCCUUGAUGAAGCUGACAGAAUGCUUGAUAUGGGUUUUGAGCCCCAGAUUCGCAAGAUCAUUGAACAAAUAAGGCCUGACCGUCAAGUUCUGAUGUGGUCAGCAACUUGGCCAAAAGAAGUCCGUCAGUUGGCUGAAGAAUACCUGGACGACUACAUCCAAAUCAACAUUGGGUCCUUAGAAUUAUCUGCUAACCACAACAUCAAGCAAGUUGUCGAAGUAAUCCAAGAUUAUGAAAAGGAAGAAAGACUUAUCAGUCUUCUGAAAGAAAUCGGCAAGAAUGGCCCCUACAAAGCAAUCGUUUUUGUGGAGACAAAGAAGAAAGUCGAUGAUAUCGUGAAGGUCAUCAAGCGUGACGGAAUUGUUGCUAUUGGUAUUCACGGUGAUAAAUCCCAGCAAGAACGUGACUUCGUCUUGAAUGAAUUCCGAAGUGGGAAAGCAGCCGUACUGGUUGCUACUGAUGUCGCAGCCAGAGGUCUUGAUGUUGAAGAUGUCAAGUAUGUCAUCAACUUCGACUACCCUAACUCGUCAGAAGACUACAUUCAUAGGAUUGGCAGAACCGGGCGCUGUGAGCAGAGUGGAACAGCAUACACUUUCUUCACUCCUGAUAACCAACGCCAGGCUAAAGAGCUCAUCGCUGUGCUCCAAGAAGCCAAUCAACAAAUAGACCCAAAAUUAAUGGAACUGGCCAGUAACUCGCGGGGCAACCUUUCCGGCCGCAACAGAUGGAACAACCGCAACCGACCUGAAAUGAACGGCGAAAACAACUACAAACCCUGGAUGAACAAGAUGCAAAACGGACCAGGAGGUCCUUUCAACAAAUUCAACGGCCAAGGAAAUAACUGGAGUAAUGGACCCCAAUACCAAAACCCAAGGUACAACAACGGUCAACAAGUCCCACAGCGCUACAACCAAAAUCAAAGGACUCCAAAUCAGAUGUACCCGAAGACGUACCAAAACGGCAACGGAUACAACAAUUCAUAUCAGAAUUCUGGCAAUCAACCUGGUUAUCAGGGCGGUUUUGGUGGUGGAUACAACUCCAACGGCUACCAGAGAAACAGCUCUCAAGGAUAUGCAAAUGGAAACUACCAACCUAGGCAGUCAUACAAUCGCAAAAACAACUCGAACUACGGAAAUGGUGGUGACAUGUACUCGUUGCCCCCUCCAUCUGCAUCAUCUUACUCGGUGCAAUCCAACGAUGACUCAGUCAAUUCCCUGGUGAACCACAAAUUUUUCCAACCCAACCGUCCACCCCCAAUGAAUGCAUGUGGAUUCCAAAGUAGCUACAACCACCCACAGUUCGCUGCGCCCAUGUCGUACCCUCAGUAUACCUUCAGCCAACCGCAAGCAGUUCAGCAGUGAAGGAACUGUCCUUGAUAUUUUUGAAGUAUAACCUAUUUCAUUAAGAACUCACGUCUGUAUUUUAUUUUCUCCUAAUUACUAUUCUUUCUAUGGCUAUUAUUUAAUGUGUGCACUUUAUUCAUUCAUUCAUUAUUUAUUUUUUUAUUUUUUAUUUUUUUUCAAAUCUAGGUGUGGGAUUUAUGUCAUUACAUGUAGUAAUUGUGUAUUAGUUUACUCCAUUAACGCUUCUUUUAUUUAUCGCCUUCCCCCCUCUUUCUAAGUUCAGAUAAACUUGAAUAACUAAGCUCUCCCUUUCUUUUUCGACUUUUUUAACAUUCCAGAUUUGUGUCUUGUCUAAGUCCUAUUUUACUCCUCAGUCUUUAAUGUAGGAUGAAAAGUCGAUAAUUUCAACUCCAUCAUGUUGGUUAGAAAUGCACAUAAAAUUGAUCAAUUUUUAAAUUUUAAAAGCCAGAAAUCACACAGUUUCAUUUCCCUUGCCCCCUAAAUUUUUAAUUUUUUUUCCCUUUGGUGCUGUUAAGAGGAACUUCCAAGUAGUCGAUAUUCCGUUUUCUGUAGAGCCAACUUCAUCGUUCAUUGUUUCUCAAUAUUUUUUCUUUUCUUGUCAUGUACUUCAGAAGAGAAAAAUUCUUCACAUAUUAUUUUAAUGCCUAGUCUCAUGAUAUCUGUUGAAACCGUUGUAUGCGAUUUGCAACCAUUUUCUGCGUUGGAAGAAGGUUCUUAUUGUAAGGUCUGUGAUACGUUAAAUGAACUUUUCAUAGAUUUAUGAAAAGAAAGAUCUAACUAGUUGGUAUUUUCAAAAUGUUCCGGUAAUGGAAAAAGGUUGAAAACGGUUUCUCUGGUCAUUAGAAUGAACGAAAUGUAUUUAACAAAAAGAAAGAUUAUUUAUAAAAAUGAAAUUUAUUUUGUUGAAACAUUUUUGAUGUUCCUCUUGGUUUUAAACCAGUACCAAAUAUCGUAAUGUCUUGUAUGUAAUAUUUUUGUCGCUAUGGUUAAAUAUCUCUUAGUUAAUAAAUCCACCGUUCAAGGGUCGUGCUUUUUCCCCCCCUCAAAUGAAGGAAAUUAGCGUUAAUUUUUCAAACAACUUUUUCAUGUGGGUAGCCCUCAUUUCUUUUGCUCGUAGGUAUAACUUUUGUUACCAAGAAGAAGGAAAGGUAUACGAAUUCUCUGUCGAUCAUUCAUUUACUUUUAUUUUUUUCCUUUUUGUCUUUGACUCUCUGACUGAUAAUCUAGUGGUUACUCUCGUGCAAACAUUUUUUUGGAGAUCAUACAGGUUCGUACAUGAAAGUUCUACGAAUUUAAUCAACUAAUGCAAAGCUCAUUUAUUUUCCACAUUAGUCUUAGAUUUUUAUGUUUGACAUAUCAAGUUCUUCAUCCUCAAGCUAAAACGUUGAGGCCUUUUUUCUUAUUUUUGUGAAAGUCAGUUCGAUUUUACUCUCUUUGUAACUUGACUAGUGUGAUUUGUAAAUGCAUUUCUUUUUCGAAUUAUCUCAUACUCUCCAUUUUGAGCUUGGAAGUAGUCUAAAUUGAAAAUAGAGACUCGUAAGGUUUUUUUUUUCACAUCGGUGAUUUAUACCCCUUUUGAGUCUUGAAAUAUUAUCAGUUUUAUGAUUAUUUUAGUCUUGAAACGGUCAUUAUCUAAAUCUCUUCAACAGUACUUUUUCUUUUCUCUUUCAACAUUAUUUUUAGCAUUGAGAUCAUAAUUGCAUCUUUGAAGGUCUUUGUUACUUUUCUUCUCAGUUUAUUUUUGUAUGAAUCAAAAUUUGUUUGUACUUAGCUGACGUAACCAAGUCGGAAGUUUUUAAUGUCUUUUAUAUUCGGCAGAGAAUUUUGCAGUUUCUUCAUCUGGUGUUUUUCGUAAAUGGAAAAAAGUUCUUUUCUUUACUCUCAAGAAAUAUUGUUUGAGAUCCAUUAAGAUACUGAUUUUAUUUUUUUAAAAUUGUUUCAAAGGUGUUUGCAAUUCAAGUAUUUUUAAAAACAAAUGUCGAAGUACAGGGUUGGUUUUGUAAAAAGUUCCAUGCGUUAAUAUGUAAGUAAAAAGUAUUUCUUGCAAACCUUGCUCAAGGAACUCUCUAUCAUAUUAAUUAAAUGAAAAUUGACUAAAUGUGGAGCUCUUGUUCUAGUGUCUGCUUGAGUCAUGUGUACAGCCAGUUUUUGGCCAAUUUUGAUAGUUAUAAAGCCAAAGACUUGUUUCUGAUUGUUACAUUAUAAAUACCGGAAACGUGUUCAUUGAAUAUUGUACAUAGGUCGACCUUCAAGCUACCGUUCAUUUAAUCCGUCUAUUACCUCUUUACAUCCUGACUCCAUCUGUGGUCCUUGGUCGUACGAGUUGAUAUCUUUCUACUCCAUUUUCCAUCUCAGUUUGACAUUUCUUGACUUGUAAUGAAACUUAUAAGGCAGCCCUGUGCUCAUGUAUGAGACAACUGAUUCUCUGAAAUAUUUUUUGUCUUCUAUUUCAAUUGUACUGUUUACUGUUUGUGAUUUCCACUGUUUUUUAUAGCCGUUGAUGUUAGUGUUUUCACAGUUAAAUCUUAAAAGUUUUUUCGAACUUAGUUUCUAUGACAUGAAAAAGCAAACAUCACUUGAAAGAGAAGGAAAUUCUAUUCGUGCAAAUCAACUAAAUGUUGAGUUUUCCUCUUUUUUUAUUUCUUCAUUUUUUGUUCCUUGACUAAUUGACAACGUAAAUAUUUUUUUUUUUCCUUUUUUCAUCCGCCCUCGAGUUUCAACUUGAUUUCUUUUGUUAGUUUCUUUUUUUUUCUUUUCUCUGAACAGAAGCAGUAUUUCUUUGUCUGCAUUUUGUUCUUUUCAUUUUAUUUUCUCUGGAACAUAAACUCAACUAUUUUUAUUAUUGUUGUUGUUGUCAAUUAUUUAAAUAAUUAUAUUUCUCAUGUAUAUAAAAUGUAAUUAUCAAUUUAUUUUUGUUCAAACGUUUUGUACGAGCGAGAUGAUAAUAUAUUGGUAUAGAAAUGUUUCUAUUUACAUACCAAUAUGUACGUUAAUUUUAUAUCAUGUCUGGCUGUGAAUUUAAAUUGUGGAAAUCGCAAAUUAAUUUCUAUUAUGCUUGUUAUUGUUCUACACUUAGAAACUGUGAUAUUAUAUGUAUUGACUAAUGUUAAACGUUAAACUUUAAAUUCAAAUAGGAUUUUUUUUCAUCUUUCUACUCGUACAGUCCAAGAGAAAGGUUGUAGUAUCUCUAAAGCGAUUCGCGUUUGCUGUCUCCAUCUUAACGCGAGUGUGCAUUUUGCAGAACUAGAAUUUUGUAGCUCUGACUUCAUUUUUUAUGUAUCACUAUUUUUAAGCAAUUUUUAGCUAGAGACAAAACUUGAUGAGUUUAGACAAGAUGUAGGAAAUUAUCUUCCGCAACUAAAUAUCUGAUUUUAAUGGGAGCUGUUACAAACGAACCAAGAACGAUGACUACACACGAUCAGUUUUUCUCUCGUAUGUAUGAACAGCAUUUUGCCCUUUCAGUUUAAAUCCCCUUUCCAUUCUUUUCAAAGACUGAUUAAUUUUAAUAUUCCUUAUUUACUUGAAACAAACAUCCUCAACUAUUAUUUUGUGUCUUAAGCUUCUAAUAAUUAAUGAUACCCAAUAAGUUUUCAUCCAAAUAUUUAUUUUCCGACCAUCGAGUCGUGGGUAUCUAAACUCUAAACUUGGCCUCUCAUUUUGGCACAGGAAUACCUAUUGUUUCACUGCAUUGGGUCAAAUGGUGGUUUAAUUUAUAUGUUGAUUUCAAACCUAUUUCAUGGAUAACCCAUCUUUUUUCUAAUCUUGAACCCAAUUCAGAAGCUGAAAGUAUGUUUAACGAGAGAUAAUUUUCUUUAUCGUUCCAAAAGAAAAAGGAAAAAAACUUUUUCAUCGUUUUUCAAUUUUUUACGAAAUAGGAUACAUGUACAAAAAAAAUUGCAGAAGAAUAGUGAUAUUAAACAGCAGGAAUAAAAGUGUCUUCAACGUCCUGUUAAUUAUUCUAAUUUUACUAAAUAUUUGUCAGAAGUUAAAAGAAUUGUCUUAAUUCGCCAGGAUAGUUUUUCUUUAGUCUGGUGAUCAUAGGAUAUGUUUUGCAUUGGUUUUGUGGAACAUCUGUUUUGAAUUGAUAUAUUAUAUCCACCUUUCCUCUUGGAAGAUGAAAGUUUAAUGUAUGGUAAUACGUAUUAAUGUACUCAGAUUUUGAGGUAUUUGUUCAAAUCAAUAGUUACUUCAUGUACCUUAGCUGUAUCAAUAAAUUUAAUAGCGGAAAUAAUUUCCUUCAGUUCAGUUGUUAACAGUAACAGCAAAAUCCAUCCUCGCCUUUCCUGUUGGUGGGGAUACCAUUAUCUACUAAGCAGAAUUUUGUAGGUUUUCUUGGUCAUUUUUCUGUCUACGGAUUGCUUUCGAAUUAUGUAUUGUUUUGAUCCGUUCAUCGUAAAAUUUUUCGAAAAUCAACCCUGUGAAAGAAUGAGGACUAUAGUAGAAUCUGGUGUUGAAGCUGAGUAGCAUCCCGUUUGACCUUGGCCUUCAUCUCUUUUUCAAUUAUUGGAAACCCCUCCUCUGGCUGACGAACGUGUAUUUUGUGGAGGGCUGUUCCCCCUCCACUUUCUUUGUCAUGGUUGAAUUGCAUUUCCAAAUUUAUAGUUCUUCGCCAAAUGUAAACAAACCUUAGCGUUGUUUCUCAUGCCCAUGACAAUGUCAAUGUAUAGCGACCCUUGUAUUCAGUGUUGGAUGUAUUGAUGUAAUCUUUGCCUUUUAAAAAAAAAUUUCUCAGUAGUUUUUUUUCGAUUGUUUUUCUUCUUUUUAGAGAUGUGCAAUAAUCUAGUCUUCUUAUACAUAAGCUUAACUAAAACUUCUACUGAUUUGCAAGAAUUAAGGAGAGUUCAUGUUAGCUGUUCAAAAUCAAUUAUUUUAAGAAACUGUCUUUUUCAUUAGCGCAAAGACUAUUUUUCCACCAGUCUAUCUAGCAACUUACAUGCAAUGCUAGUUUUUUUCACUUUUUUCCCAUAAUUAUCUCUUCUUUUUUCUUUUUUCUUUCCUUUUUUUUUUUUUUUUUUGAGAAGUAAAUUUGCAUAUUUUAUUUUUACGUUUCUAUGUGAACAUUACAUAAGUAUUUUUUGGGGUUUUGUCUCGAAGCAUUGCCUCCAAGAAUUAAACUUCAAGUAAUAUUGAAUACCGGUUUAGGAGUUUUUAUUCCAUUGAAAGCCUAAGAGCAGAACAGUGUUAAAAUGAUUAAGAUAGCAAUUGACCUUUCAUCAUCAGUCGUACAUAUUUUUCUAAUCCUCUCCUAACAGGAUCUGCAACUCACUUUUGAAGAGCAAUCAGUACUUCUUAAUCCUCAAUACUUGUACUUCUAUCCUGACUCUUUAAUUUUAUUUUGCCUGAUGCUUUCUGUAUCAUUGUGUAAUUUAUCUAAUCAAAAAGAUCUAACUGCACAUCUCUAAAUUUUUGGUUUUGUUUCUUUAGUUUCUUUGAAGUUAAUAAGUGCAUUUCUGAUUGAUCGUAUUUGCAGUAUUAUGAAUUCAAGUAAAGGAAAAAAUAAUAAGUGCGAAAAAUAAUUAAAAUGUAUUGAAAAAUCUACCGUAAUUUUUGUUGUUAAUUAAAUUAUCAAACCCUUCAAACUAA